AUGGAAAAAAGGAUGGGUGCUGAAGUUCCUGGCGACAGUGUCAGCGACGAAUUCAAGGGUUAUAUUUUUAAAAUAACUGGUGGAAACGACAAACAAGGUUUCCCAAUGAAGCAGGGAGUUAUGCACCCGACCCGUGUUCGUCUACUAUUGUCAGACGGCCACUCCUGUUACCGUGCUCGUCGUACUGGAGAAAGAAAACGAAAAUCAGUUCGUGGAUGCAUUGUCGCCAUGGAUCUUUCUGUCUUGGCUUUAAGCAUCGUUAAACAGGGUGACAAUGACAUUCCAGGAUUGACCGAUACGGUUCACCCUAAACGAUUGGGUCCCAAACGUGCAACAAAAAUUCGAAAGUUCUUCGGUCUCUCCAAGGAAGAUGAUGUCCGCAAGUUCGUUAUUCGUCGUCAAGUCCAGCCCAAGGGCGAGGGAAAGAAGCCUUACACCAAGGCUCCAAAAAUUCAGCGCCUAGUAACACCUCAGCGCCUCCAGCACAAGCGCCACCGCAUUGCACUCAAACGUCGCAAUGCUGAGAGAACAAAGGAAGCAGCGAGCGAAUACGCUACAUUAUUAGCAAAGCGCGUCAACGAGGUUAAAGCUCAAAAGGCUGAUAUUCGCAAGAGACGAGCCUCAUCUAUGCGCAAGUAA